AAUUUCCAUCCGCUUCAUGGGGGGCUGCUUGAUCUAGAUUCUUCUCGAAACAAAUAUCUCUCUCCAACAAAUCCACAUAGGCAUCGUACAUAGAAUUAGCCGAACUCAGCUUGGCCGAAAACGUCGCGAUUUGGUAAACCCUAAAAGCAACCCCUCCAUUUCAAUACACAUUCGAUUGCCUUUUUCAUCGAUAACAUCGGAAUUUGCAGUUUCCUUCGGAUUUUUCAGUAUUCGGUUUAGACUUCCUCAUAAUAUUUAGGCACCGGUAGCUGUUGAAUUUCCAUGGCAGAUCAGCACUUUAAUGAAGGUUCGAGCAUGGGCAGCAUUUCUGGGGAAUCUUCUGAUUCUAUUGUAGAGCUAAGGAUCAAGACUCUGGAUUCACAGAUUUUUAGUUUUCCGGUUGACAAAAAUACACCAGUUUCAUUGUUCAAGGAGAGAAUAGCUCAGGAACUUGGUGUCCCAGUAGGUCAGCAACGACUGAUUUUCAGGGGAAAGGUCUUAAAGGAUGAUCAUCUCCUUUCUGAAUAUCAUGUUGAGAAUGGGCAUACAUUGCACUUAGUUGAAAGGCAGCCUGCCCAGUCACAGCCGUCUUCUGAUGCAAGUUCAGGAGAAGCAGAUGGAAAUAACAGUCAUAGAGGAAAUGAUGCUUCUGCAGGCGUUCCUCGUAACCGAGUUGGGCAGAUUUCACACAGUGUGGUUCUUGGGACCUUUAAUGUUGGAGAUCAAGGUGAUGGCAGUGCUCCAGACCUUAGUCGGGUUAUUGGAGCAGUUUUAAAUUCUUUUGGAGUUCGAGGCCAGUCUACUACUAAUGCUACCAUUACACAGUCUUCAACCUCUGCUCCUCAAGGAAUUGAAACAAAUGGAGGACGUGCUGCUGGUGAGAACCAAGUAGGAAAUCAGGCACAGUCUGGUCAAUCAUUUCAAGUUUCUCAACAAGUUAUCCCAAUUCCUUUGAGUGCAGCCCAAGCAUCUAUUCCUUCACUUAAUACGCCAAUUCCUGAUUCCUUAAAUACUCUCUCUGAGUUUAUGAGCCACAUGGAGGCACAUUCUCCAAAUGGCUAUCAGCCACACGCAUCUACAACUAACAUAAGGGAACAACCAAGGGUUGUGUUACCAUCUGAUGCACGUGGUCUGCCGACACCUGAAGCAUUGAGCAUUGUAAUUCGACAUGCAGUACGACUUCUUAGCAGUCAUGCUAUUGGUGCAUUGUCUCAUAUUGCCGGACGUUUAGAGCAAGAGAGGGAUUCUUCUGAUCCUACCAUGCGGGGGCAAAUUCAAACAGAAUCUGUACAAGCAGGUCUUACAAUGCAGCAUUUAGGUUCUCUUCUUUUAGAGCUUGGUCGAGCCAUAUUGACGCUGCGUAUGGGACAUUCUCCUGCAGAAUCUUCAGUUAAAGCUGGAACUGCAGUUUAUAUAUCUCCUUCUGGACCGAAUCCUAUUAUGGUUCAGCCUUUCCCCCUUCAAACCAGAUCCCUCUUUAGCGGUUCCCAUUCUCCAUCAAAUCCUGUGACUGUAGGUCCUGCUGGUGCUGGAAAUCAUGCACGGCACAUAAAUAUCCACAUACAUCCUGGCACCACUCUGGCACCUGUGGUUUCCGCAGUUGGUAAUAGAACAAACAUUGGGGAAGGGAUGCAAGGGGAGCGUGGUAACAAUGCUGGUUCUGGUUUGAUACGGGUUCUUCCUGUGCAAAACAAUAUUGUUGCAGUUGACCGAGCACAUGCUACUGGUGAUAUGUCCAGUGCAGCACAAUCUGCACCCACUGAAUCAUCACUAUCAUCUGUUGUUGAUGAACUCAAUUCAAGAAUUAGAAACUUAGUUAGUACACAGGGACAUAACCAGGCUGCAUCAGGUAGUCAUCAGCUCAAUCAUAUUGCUUCUAGUGGAGCUGGGGAUUCUACUGUUGCUGUACCUGCAAACCUUGAAACUGAAGAACCGAAGUCACAAUGUCAACGUGCUGAAGGAAGUAACAAUAAUACGGAGAGUGGUGAGAAUUCAAAGGAUGCAUCAAUUUGCACAGUUGGAUGUUCUCCUAGCUCAAGUGGAGAAUUGUUGGUGAAGUCGGAAGAUCCUUCAGGAAGUUCUAUCAAAUCCAGCGAGGAAAAUGCCAAGCCUGUACCACUUGGAUUGGGGUUAGGGGGUUUGGAACGUAAGAGACGAGUAAAACCGACCAAAUCAUCUUCCACUGCUGGUGAUAGUGGAACAACUAGUUCUUCUAAUGAUCAAAACCUGAGUUCUAGAACAGCUGGUCAACAGAUUCUGCAGUCACUUGCAUCUCGGAGCUCUUCUGUAAAUAGGGUAGAUCCUUCCUCAGGUAAUCCAGGUGUUCAGAGUAGUAGGUUGUCAGGAGUGCAGGGCUCUGUUGAUCAACCAGGGGCUGUUGUUGCUGUCUCACAAGUUCUUCAAAGUCCUGCACUAAAUGGCCUAUUGGCCAGGUUCUCAGAGCAAACUGGUGUUGGUUCACCGGAUGAUUUUAGGAACAUGUUGCAGCAACUUACUCAAAGUCCACAAAUCAUGAACACCGUUAGUCAACUAGCUCAGCAGGUUGAUGGCCAAGAUAUUGGAAACAUGUUUUCAGGUAUUGGAGGAGGCCAAAGUGGUGGUAUCGAUCUGUCACGGAUGGUCCAACAAAUGAUGCCUAUUGUUACUCAGGCUCUUGGUCGUGGGCCAGGGGCUCCUCCGCCAUUCCCUGCCGUAGAACCUAAAUUUCAGGAUGAUAUUCAACAAACGGCUCGGAGGAUUGAGCAAACUAGUCUACCAGGUAACGUCUUCCAUGCUGUUGCCGAAAAUGCAGUUCAGGUAUAUGGUGAUGGGAGGAAUGCUGAAGAACUUUUGAAUGAGUUGUGUGGUAAUGAAGGUCUUGCCAAGGAAUACACAGAGAUGCUACAGCAGGACCUACGUCAAAGAUUUCUGGAUAAAUUUGAUGAGGACAAGUCUAGCUCUUGAUUCUGAAAGUUAAAAUUGCGGUGCUUUGCUCUGAAAGUUGUGCGGCAAAUCAUUUUCAUACUGUGCUGAUGUCAUUUCUUACCCAGACUCCAUUUGUAAACUCAGGUUUCUGUGAUGAUUGAUACGCUCUUUGAUCUAUAUUUAUUUGUUGUACUCUUUGUUUUAUUGUUGCAUCAAAUUGGAAUUAUCAUGAUAAAUUAUAUAUUUUGUUUUCAGGCCUUUAGCGU